CAGAGUCCAGGCUGAAGAGGAACGCAGACAACUUCGGACUCCGUGCGGAGCGCGAGCACACACGCUAACGCACACGGCCGACUUUCAGAGAUGUUUCGCUGCGGAAUCGCGUAUCCACGGUGCAGGUGGAUCCUUCCUCUUCUCCUGCUCUUCGCCGUCAUCUUUGACAUAAUCGCCAUCGCCGCGCAGUCCGGAUGGGUGGAGGACGAGGACGCCAGUUCCCACUACGCCAGCAUGUGGGAGCAGUGCCGCGGCCGGAACAACAACUGGACCUGCAAGUCGCUCAUGGAGUUCUCUUGGGCCCAGGCUGUUGCUGCACUGAUGAUCAUCGGCCUGAUCAUCCUCAUCAUAGCCUUCAUCAUCUCGUGUGUAGCGCUGUGCUGUAGCCUCAACAUUCCUCUUCUGCCGUUCAUCGGACUCCUCCUCAUCAUCGCCGUCGUCCUCCAGGUCAUCGCUCUCAUCAUCUAUCCAGUGAAGUUCAACGAGUUGAUCUUCGAAGGCCACUAUGACUACACCUGGGCGUACGGCUUUGGCUGGGGAGCCACCAUCCUCAUGAUGGGCUGCGGAGUUCUCUUCUGCUGUCUGCCCCGCUAUGACGACUAUCUAACUGGCCUGGAAAAGACCAAAUACAUCUACACCUCCAGCUAAACUGCCAUCACACAGCUCGAGCACUGCUCUCCAAAAACAUCUUCCAAGGCUUUACACUUUUGACUGCAUAAACGACAUUAUUGAAAGCCCCAAUCAGGAAUUUUAUAAAAGCAGGUCCACAGCGUGCCCAGACUACAUCUGAGUAUACUGAGCGAGACAGCAUGGUUAAGAUAUGUACAGUAUUACAGACUCUACAGUUGUUUUGAACGCCUAAUUUCAAAGGCCUAUACUGAAAACUGCCAGUGUGUUUUUUGGGGCAAUUCCUGCUUGGGGUUUUAAGGCGCUUUAGUUUUAGUUUGUAAGGACACUGGUUGCUCUUGGGGUUUGUUUUUGUACCUUUUUGGGGGAAUCAUCUCAUUCCUGAGGCAUAUCAACAUGACAGCAUUUCAGUUUUUAUCAUUUUACGACCAGCUUAGGCCUUUAUCUUUGGUGCAUCAUUCAGCCUGGAUCAGUUUUAAGCAGCCAGAAACAGUGGGUUUGUAGUGCAGAUCUCCGAUCCAGGCGGGCACUUGAGCAUUAACUGAUACAUACUGACCGAUUUACUGUAAUGGUUGUAUCUCAGUCACCUUAUUAGGCCUGUGUUUGUAUAGGCCUCAUUCUUCCAAUUGAAUGUUAUUCUAUAAGCUUGCAAAGAAUAGCACUAUUAGUUUCUCAUGCUUUGUGUAGUAAAAGUGCAUGUAUGUUUUUAGAAAUGUAUUAAAUGUCUACCAUUAAGUGUCUCACACUGGUCCCAGUUUGGCUAAAGUCAUUCCCAUCUCAUUCUCUGUGCAUGAUUCCAACAUAUCACCAAAGUGCUCUUACUGUCCUCAGAUGCUGUAUAGAUUGUGUGUGUUUGCCUGGUACAAAUGUGGAUUGAUGAUGUUUUUGUGUUGCUGAAGCAAACUGUUUUUUGUUUUUGUUUUUUUCUUAUCAGAAAGCAUUAAACAUAUAUAUAUGUGACACUAUGCAAUACAGUGGGAUUUUGAAUUUUAGGGUUGCCAGUUUUAAUACAUGACCUUUCCUACUUCUUGAACUAAAUUCCAACAUUACUAAUGUUUUUCCUAUUUCCGAUGUUUAAACUACACUCUGUAUAGGAUUCGGUCUAAAACGAUGCUUAAUAAAAUAAAGACCAAACUCUUAACACAUCAAA